AAUGGUCUUAGUGAUGUCCGCUGUCUGUCUGGUGCUCGUUCCAAUCCCGUAACUUCGUCCUCGGGUAAUCUGUUUGCCUUGCGCAAUGCACCUUCCAGAAGGCUAGAGUGCUCCGAAUCUGAGCCCAGAAAUUACUCGAUGCUACCCAGCUGUGAGUUUCAUCAAUCUACUUCUGGUGACGAGGAAUCUGCAGUUUCUAACUUUGAUGUGGGAUCAGUCGUCAACCAGAACACGCUAUUUUAG